AUGGGAUCUGAUACAUUUCCAUCAAUUUUCCGAACCAAAAGGAUUAUAAAAAAAGACGACUCAAAGUCUCGAAGUAUCCAUGAAGAUACAUCUAGUAUCGAUGAGCAAAACACGAGCAUAAACUCUACCCAACGUCAGCUUGAAAAGAGAGAAGUGAAAUCUGAUGAGUUGAUAGAUUGGAUAAGUGGACUCGAUCUAAGACUCAAAAGGACUUUAAGUGAGCAAUAUGCUGAAACUUUGAAUCUUGAUAAAGAUAAGAGGUUGGAUGAACUUAAAACAAAAUAUGAGAAUAUGAUAUUUGAUGAUUCAAUUGAGAAAUUAGGGAAACUAAUAGACAGCGAACGAAAUAAAGAGAAUAUCGAUGCCUCUUUGGAAGAAAGAACACCACGUUUGGGUGAUAAUCUAGGAAAAGAACGUUUGCAUGAAGAGCCUCAUGAAGAUCAUGAAGAUCAUGAAGAAUCUCUUUCUGAACAUCUGUAUGGACAAGCCCUGGAAAUUUCUGAGAAAGAGCAAACAGAAGAACAACUGCAUGAAGAAGACUUUGAAGAGUCCGAUUCCCCAAUUGAAAUUGCCUCUGAAUCAGAGCCUGAGCAAGAAAUAGCAUCAAUUAAACCACCGAAUAGACUAAAGCUUGCAGAUAAUAUGUUCAAUGGCCAAUAUGGGAAUCCAAAAGUGUCAGAAAGUGAUGCUGAACUGGAAGAAAAUGAUGGUCUGAGAUCUGAAAGCGAAAAUUUUGAAGACGAGGAAAAUGAUGCAGUUGAAGACCAAGAGCAAGAUGACGAGCCCCAAGAUGAGUCUGAUGAAGAAGAUGAAACUAACUAUGAACACAAUAACGAAGAAAAUGAUGAGGAUCUUGAUGUCCAGAAGAAUGUUAAUUAUGAAUCAGGUAUAGAAAACGCAUUGGGAUCUUCAAGAAGCAAAAUUGGUCGAAAAGUUCCUCGUUCGUUUCCCGUGAAAGAAGACAACGACGCGAUAAUAGUGUUGGAUAGUGAAGAAGAGGAAGAACUCCAAGAUAAUCAAGAAAGUGACCAAGAUGAAGAAGAUGAAGAUGAAGAAGAAGAAGAUGAAGAAGAAGAAGAAGAAGAUGAUGAUGAAGAAGGGGAAGAAGAGGAAGAAGAGGAAGAAGGGGAAGAGGAAGUCAUAGCUGAAGACGUAGAGGAAGAGGAAGUCAUAGCUGAAGACGUAGAGGAAGAGGAGUACGAUGAAGAAGAAAAUGAAGAAGAGAAUGAACUUGAAGUGGAAGCAGAGGAAGGGGAUGGGAAUGAAAGGUAUGGUUUUAAUGAAGAAGAGCUGAAAAUUUUGGGCGACACUCAAAAUAUUGAUUUCUCAUCCCGCUUGCCCGCCAGUGAAUUCAGCGGUGUGAAUCAAGAUCAACUCAAAACGAAAAGUUUUCACGUACCCUCAUAUGACGAACCUCAGAACUUGCUGUAUCUAGUAGAUGAUCCAGGAAAAACUUUUGGGUUCGAGAGCUCAGGUCAAAAUUUAGGCGAUGACAGCAAGAGAGAAAUGGAAGAAUUCAUUAAUGAGCCUAUAUUGAUGAACCUCGCCGAAGCUGCGCUACUUCUGUCUGGGGACCAUAUUUCAAAAGAAACUAGUACUACAAAAUAUAAUAGCAACAACGAAGAUAUCACUGGAAUUGGUCAAACCUACAAUAAUAAUCUUCAUAAUAAUAAUAAUAAUGACUCUGAAGCUCAUAAUGAGGAGCAGAAAGAUGAGUCUAAUAACAUUAAUAAAGCAGAUGUGAGCCAAAACAGGAACGAUAAGAAGGAUAUCGACAAUGAACAAUAUGCAAUGAAAACCCACAAUAACAAGUCAGAUAACGAAAGCGAAGAAGACCUUGAACAACAUAAUCCAAUCGUUCCGAUCUUCAAGACAGUUGAAGCCGAAGAUCCAAUAACCACGCUCAAAAAAUUGAAAGAAACCGAAGAAAAAUACAAUAUCAAACUCGAUUCUGUUGCUGACUUGGAAGAAGAGAUAAAACUCUUUCUGUCGACUAUAUCAUCAUCAAUAGAGCCUUCGGUGUCUCCUAUGAAAGGAGCUCGAUCGGCAUUUUAUUCCGAAUAUCCAGGUGAAGACAAUACUACAUUUUAUGAUGCAGAAGGAGAUGAUAUAGAAAAUGCAGAUCGUAGCGUUUUUUACGAUGCUGAGAACAUUUCAGUCAACAUUGUGAAGGAAUCCGAAAUACAAGAACUGCCAGCCUUUGAUCUUUCGAAGAAUCUCAACAGGGUUAGCAAUGAUACUAGAAAUGACAUUGUAAAUGAAACUGUAGACUUAUUAAAAGAGCCUGGUGAAGUAGCUUUUGAAGAAGAAGUUGAACAAGAAGCUGAAGAAGUAGCCAAAGAAGUAUCCAAAGAAAUAACUGAAGAAAUAGCUGAUGAUAUAGCUGAUGAGAUUGCUGAAGAAGUGGCUGAACAAGAAGCUGAACAAGAAGCUGAACAAGAAGCUGAACAAGAAGCUGAAGAGCAAGCUGAAGAGCAAGCUGAAGAGGUAGUCAAGGAAUUAACUGAAGAAUUAACUGACGCGAUUGCUGAAGAAGUGUUUGCACACGAAGCUCAACAAGAAAAUGAAGAGGAAGCUGAACAAGAAGUUGAAGAAGCUUUUGAGGAAGCUGUUGAGUAUAUCGCUGAAAAGCUUAUGGAAGGGGAAGACGAAAAAGAAGAAGAAAGAGAAGAAGUCAAACAUUUAGCUAAAGAAAUAGCUGAAGAAAAGGAAGAAGCUGAAGAAGAGGAAGAAGAGGAAGAAGAGGCUGAGGAGGCUGAAGAAGCUGAACAAGAAGCCGAAGAACCUUUUGAGGAAGCUGUUGAGUAUAUCGCUGUAGAAAUAGCUGGAGAAGAAGAAGAAGCUGAAAAAGAAGCUGAACAAGAAGCUGAAGAAGCUGUUGAGUAUAUCGUUGAAGACCUUCUGAAAGAAGAUGAUGAUGAUGAAGAAGAAAGAGAAGAAGUUGAAAAUUUCGCUGAAGAAAUAGCUCAAGAAGUCGCUAAUGAGAGUGCUGAAGAACAAGCUUAUGAAGUGGCAGAAAAAUUAAAUGAAGAAGUAGCCGAAGAAGUAGCCGAAGAAGUAGCCGAAGAAAUAGCAGAAGAAAAGGGUAAAGAAGUGGCUGACGACGUUGCUGACGAGAUUGAUGAAGAGCAAGCAAAAAAACAAGCAGAAGAAGUGGCAGAAGAAGAAAUAGUCGAAGAAAUAGCUGAAGAAAUUGCCGGAGAAAUUGCCGAAAAAGAAGCUGAAGAACAAACCGCAAAACAAGCUGCAAAGCAAGAUGGAGAAGAAGUUGCCACUGAAAAUGUGUCCGAAGCUCUUGAAAAUAAGACAUCUCAUAAUUUACCAAGUCAAACUGAAUCUGAAGGGGGAGACCAAGAAUUGAACAAUUACUUAAACAAAGUAAAGGAGAGUAUAAAAACAGGAGAUAGAUAUGUUCUCCAAACGCCAUCUGGUACCACUGAAGGGAUAAACGGUGCCGACUACAAUUCUGGACAAGUUGACGGUUUCGAUAAUAGUGAUUUCCAACCUAUUGCAGUGCCCAAACUUGAAUUUGAUAUAGAAGAUUCACCGGAUGAGGACUUCGUAGAUGAAUCUUCCAUUGCUUUUAUUGAUAUUAGUGACUCCUUACAGCCAUCCGCAGAAGGUUUGCAAGGUAAUGAAUUACAAGAUUCGAAUUACAAAAGAAAUAAAGAACAUCCUGGUUUCUUGAAUUAUUUUAAAGACAGUAUAGGCUUGAAAAGUCUUUUUAAUUAUUCUUCAAAAGAUGAUACUGAGCAAGCAUUUAAAGAAAGCGAGGAAACAGUGAUGCUGGGUAACUUGACGGUCAUUGAGCAAGAUGAGCCCAUAGAGAAUUUUGCAAUGCAAUACGAAGACAACACUACUGUAGAAUUGUUGGAAGGAACUUUUCUUAAACCUUCUAGUAUAGAAGAAGUUGAGGAACAUACGACGACUGUUGAAAAUUCUCUGAGGUUUCCGCUUCCUGAUCUCCUCGAAGAAGAUAUUGCAGAUGAAAUCAACGAGGACACAAUUCGUCCAUCAAGUGUUGUUGAACCUGAGGAUAAGGAAGGAGAAGCAUUGAUAUUAGAUUUUGAAAAUUUUGAGCCUUCUUUAGAUGUGAUACAACCAUCCUCAAUUGAUAUUCCUCAGACGCCAAAGCCCGAAGGGCAUGAUGAAGAGUACUUCGACACUGAAGGCUUGAAUUUGGAAGUCGUUGAGCCACCAAUGUCUCGUAAGAGACAGUUCAUGGAUGAUUUCAACGAUGAAGCUCCCAAAAAAUCACCCUUCAAACGCAUGAAACUUGCGUUGUCCAAUUUGAAUCCUUUUAAAGGAUCAAAGAGCCUGGUCGAUAUUAGGCCACCGAUUUUAAAGUCGAUUGACCAUGAGCUUGACGAUUCUACUAAUACUUUGCAAUUAAAUGAGCGUGAGAAGACAGAGCUGGAGCCUGAGGCGUCUUUGAAAGAAGCCAGUUUGUCAGAAGCGGAAGAUGAGAAGGGAACUUCUGAGCCUUCAGCUACGUCAGAAAAAUUUAUGCUGGAGUCGGAGACAGAAAAACAGCCAGAGCCUUUACGUGUUCCGAAGAGAAAGCGCAAAAGUGACUAUCUGGAUCCUAAGAAAUCUAAGCAAAGGAAGCUGCGAAGGCUAUUAGGCUUAGAUUUAUCGGAGGUUUCACUUGAACCGAGUAGAUCUUUACGCAAUGGACACACCUUCGGUAGAGAUAAAAUCGAUCUGUCACCGACUUCUCCAAAAAAGGCUGUGAAAGAAAAGGAAAAACCUGGCGAUGCUGAUCAAUCGACGGGAAAACUCUCAGGGAAGUUUGUCAGGUUGCCAUCUUCUGAUGAGGUUAAAGAACCUCGUGACGGUGCAAAUGUUGCUGAACCGCCGUCUUCCAGAACAAGGUCAAAAUCUCCUAUUAAGAUAGGCACAGAAGAGUCUGAUUCUAGCACUAAAGACGAAGUAGGUACCACAGUGAGAAGAAGUCGUCGGAUUCUUAAUAAAUCCUCCAAGAACGAUGAACAUGAGACUGAAGUAGAUGAGGAAGAUAGAAGAGGAAGAUUGAGAAAACGCUAA